AUGGACGGUGUACUAGUGCAAAGUUUAGAUGAAAUUGUAACAAAUAAUUUGGAUCAAGAUCAAUUACAACAGUUUAAUCGAAUAUAUUACGGAAGAACUGAUCAUGGUGAGCUAAAACUUAAGGAGUCAACUCCAAGUGCUUGUAAGAAACUGAAUAUACAGAUAGCAGCAUAUUCAUUCGACGCCGAUAAAGAGGUUAGACCUCCAAAGCUUAUAAAAAUAGGCUUAAUUCAACAUGCGAUCGUUCUACCAACAAACAAACCAAUUAACGAACAAAGAGAGGCCAUAUUUGAGAAAGUUGAAAAGAUAAUACAGAUUGCAGGGUCAGAAGGCGUCCAAAUUCUUUGUUUACAAGAAACUUGGUAUAUGCCAUUUUUUCUCUGUACUCGGGAGAUUAAAGAAUGGGAAGAUUUUGCAGAAUUAGCACAUGACGGUCCGAGUUUUCAUUUUCUAAGUAAAUUAGCUACAAAAUACAAUUUGGUUAUAGUAUCACCAAUUUUAGAAAAAGACGAGGCUGGUGUUUGGUGGAAUACAGCGGUUGUCAUCGACGCAGAUGGUAAAUAUUUAGGCAAACAUCGCAAGAAUCAUUUACCUAGUGUUGGCAGUUUUAAUGAAACCACAUAUUAUUCACCUGGCAACACAGGCCACCCUGUGUUUGCGACCAAGUUCGCGAAAAUAGCAGUCAAUAUUUGUUAUGGUCGUCAUCACGCUUUAAAUUGGCUAAUGUUUGCAAUCAACGGAGCUGAAGUUGUUUUUAACCCCGCAGCAACUAUUUCCAAAUUUGGCGAGUCGUUUUGGGGUAUUGAAGCUAGAAGUGCAGCAGCUGCUAACGGUUAUUUUACGUGCAGUAUAAAUAGAGUGGGAACAGAAGAUUUUAUUACUAAAGGGGAUAAGAAAACUGUGUCGAGGAAUUAUUACGGUUCGAGUUACAUCACAGCGCCCAAUGGAUGCCGAACUCCAGGUCUAUCUAAGAGCCUGGACGGUUUGCUCAUUGCUCAGGUAGAUUUAAACUUAAACCGACAAGUUAGAGACAAAACUGGAUACAACUUGACGUCUCGUCUAGAAAUGUAUGCGAAAGAAUUAAAUGAUACACUCUCUAAGAAUUAA